CUCACCUUACUUUCCCAAACUAUUGAGGGGGGGGGGGGGCAGUGUUAGACUCUACCAACCUGUAGCUUUUCAAUGAUCUCAAACAGUUCUGUCACCUGCAUGGAUGAACACAGUGAAGACAAACAGACAGAGAGGCGACCAGAGUGAGACAAAUGAAGAGGGAAACAAGCAUUGGGACGAAAAGAGGAACAGGGCACGCACUGACGCAUGCAUGUUCACUCUCAUUGUGAAGACAGAAAUACAUAUAUGGUAUCACUGUCUUCUUAGAAAAAGCUAAACAGGCAGUAUUAACCCUCUCGUGGCUGCAGAAACACCAGGACAGAAGAUUAACUGCCACAACCACUGAUAGACGUCUGAGACAGACACAGUGAGGCCGGACUUCAUCGAUUGCCAUGCUCUAAUAAACACAUGUGGUGGUCUCACUGACUGGCAGAGUGUAAAGAUAGACUUGGGAAAUAAAUAAAGAAAUGCAUGAGAGAUUUUCUCUCAGACCUGUUACCCUUUGAGUCAGUAAGAAUCAUCAAUUAUUGACAGCACACACUGAGAGAGGAGCAAGACAGCAGGAGUGUGGAGGAGGGGUAGAAAUGGGGAAUUGUGUUUGUGUGUGUUUGUGUGUGUGUGUAGGGGGUAGAGAGUACAUUAUAGUUGCAUAUAUGUAUAAUGUUUAAUCUAUUACACGAACAUACAUGUGUCAUAUUAACUAGUAGUUCAGUGCUUUAACUCUAAAACAGAUAAAGAUAAAAGUCCGUCGGGAAUAUAUACGAAAGACACACACUGCAAUAAAGGGGAGUUUCAUAUAUUUUCUUGACUUUUUGAAUUACCCCUAACGCAUUUCCUUCCAAUAACAAGCUAUCCUCUCAAAACCGAUACCAUUAAACCAUUAGACCACAAACAACGUCGAUCAUACAGACCCCUCUUAUCAAUUGGCUAAUUACUGACUGUAAACAGAGAUUUGAAUUCAAAAUAAUUUUCAUUUUAAAUGUCUAAACACGACCUUCACGCAAAUAGUAAGAGAUUAGCUGCUUGAAACGUCACUCACGUAUUCUCUGAUCUCAUUGGCCGAAUCACUAAAGAUUGAGACUCAUCCACACCCACAACAAAGCUUUGCAUGGACGCGCGGAAGUGUGACCGAACGCUCUUAUUAAUUUUGUAGCUAGCACAGUUACUAACGAUGCAUAGCUAGUUCUCCUUAAAGCUAGUUUUUAGCUAGUAUGAUGCAGAAGAGUGCAAGCAAGUCUUUCUUGAAAGUAGCUAAGUUUUUUUUUCUUGCGGCAAGGAGCUCGGUCAGACGUUAGCAUCAACGUAGCUAGCUUAAGAUCGCUAAUUAGCCAGCUAGUACUGACCCCAAAACUACUACGUUUGUUACCGUAGGCUGGUUGCUUUCAGUAAAACUUCUAAUACACAUUAGGUUGUGUAAUUUAGCGCGAUUCAAUGUAGUUAACUGUUUUAGACGAAUAUCUGGCGAUCAGCUAGUUAUAUCAUAGCUGUAGCUAUCCUGUCAUCUCGACAUGUUUGAACUGCUUUACACUAACGCUACUCUAGAACUUGACAUUGACUGCUAAACAGGCAACAACUACCUGCGCCGUGACGACAAAAAAAAGCUAUUAGCGCUAAAGCAGUUAGCAUUUAAGGAUAACUUUUCAACUUCAAAACCUCGUUCAACAUCCAUUCUGUUGUGAAGUCAGACUAAUUCAAGAGGACAAUGUUGGGAGGCAUGCAGGAACGGGAUAAGAAGGCGCUUCGGAAGCGCUCCGUUAUUCUCAGUAAAGAGAUGGUGGUGGACGAGUUGCUCGUUCAGUCACUUACAGCAGACGAGAUCCUCACUGACAGCAUGGCAGAGAGCAUUUUGGUGGAGAAAACAUCUCAGAAGCGAAGCUAUCGUCUGCUUUCUCUCCUGCCCAAACGAGGACCGCGUGCCUUCAGUAGCUUCUGCUCUGCCCUGAAGGACACGGAACAGCAUCACUUGUCCGCCCUUCUCACCGAGUACUCAGAGAGUGACAGCAGGGAGGCUGACACGAAGGGGCCCCAGGCAGAGACAGAGAUAGAGACAGUGACAAGCAGCGAGACACAGCAAGAGAGCCAGUGUUGCCUGGUCACACGGACCCCAGAGAGGCUGAGAGACACUAAGAGAGAUGUGGACAGUGGGAGAGAGAGGUUGCUGGAUUCUCCCUUCCCACUUUCCACUCAGGAAGGAGUGUUCGCAGCCAAGAGAGCAAGGACACACGAGUCUGUGGAGAUGUGUCUGGAUGCAGACAGCCCUAUCAUCACCCCGGUUCUCCCCUGCACCCCAGACUUCUACCUCUCUCACUACCAGCAGUCCUACCCCAUGGUGUCGUCCAGGCGGGGCCUGGCCCUGGUCAUCAGUAACACGGUGUUCGAGGCCACCGCCCCGGAUCUGGAGACCCGGAAGGGGGGCGAGGUGGACGAGGAGGUGCUCCGGAAGGUGUUCACUGAGCUGGAGUACCAGGUCACUGUCCAGAGAGACCUGACCGCUCGGGACAUGAAGAUGUGCAUCGAGGCGUUUGGCCGGCAGCAGGGCCAUGGGACCAUGGACAGCAGUGUGCUGUGUCUGCUGUCCCACGGUGUGGAGGGAGCGGUGUACGGCACUGACGGAGAGCUGCUGCCGCUGGACUGGGUGUUUGAGGCCUUUGAUAACUCCCACUGCCCUCUGCUGCAGAACAAGCCCAAGAUGUUCUUCAUCCAGGCAUGUAGAGGAGAGGAGAUGGACUGUGGCGUGGAGCAGUUGGACGGGCCGGGUCGGACCUCGUCCCCUGGCUGUGAACAGAGGGACGCGGGGAGGGAGGGAGAGGGGGAUGGAGACGGCAGGCGGAGGGAGGAGAGGGGGAGGCUGAGGGUCAAACUGCCCCAGCGCUCCGACAUGAUCUGCGGCUACGCCUCCCUCAAAGGCACAGCUGCUAUGAGGAACACCAAGAGAGGCUCUUGGUUCAUCCAGGAACUCAACACAGCUCUUCGACUCCGGUCCAGAGACACACACCUGUCUGACAUCAUGGUGCAGGUGAACGGGCGCAUCAAAGAGAGAGAGGGCUACGCCCCCGGAACGCCCCACCAUCGCUGCAAAGAGAUGUCUGAGUUUACCAGUUCCCUCUGCAAAGACCUCUACCUGUUCCCUAAGUACCACCCACAUUACUGACACUCACACACACACACACACACACACUCCACUUGUACUACUGCCAAACACACUUGCACAUUCCAACCCUUCUCAGACACACAAAUAUUCCCACAUAGAGGGUUUAUUCAUUCAUAUUUGCUGUGCAAAUUGUCAGACGGAGACACGCACACACACUCCACCUGUCCCGACACAAACCCCAAAACACCAGCUCUUGGAAAAAAGAACAAUAUUUUGUUGUUCCACAUGUUCUUGGUCAUGGACAUGGUGGUAAUCAGCAUGCAACAUAUACAGCCUCAGUUCCUUUCAGCAAUCGUACUCACAUGUGUAUUAAUGCCAGUUAUGGAAUUAUAAUUCUGUGAAAUGUUCUUUUUAAUCACCGGAAGCUAUAUUUGAGAGUGUCACCUUUUAUUUCUUACCAAAUGUAUUUGCGUUUGAAAGGUUUAUACAUGCAUCUAUUUUUAUCUUUUUUAAUUGUACUUUAUUUUUUGUUAUCUUACCUUUUGGAAUGCCUAUUUUACAUGAAUUCUAAAGGCCAUUCUCUGUUUUUGUAUAUUUAAAAAAAAAGAAUGUUUUAUUGUCAAAUGCUUAGAAAGAACACUGCCGCAUUCCCUUGUCUUACCUGCAAUUCACAGCCAGGGGGCAGUGUGGGGGCAGUGUGUAGCAUGAUUUGUUAAUGCAGCUGUAGAGAAAAACAGACUUGAGCACCUCGUCCUAGAUAACCCUCGUACGACCGCCGCCACAAGAUAGGCUGUCUCGGCUGUCAGUUGCGACAGGAUAGUUUAGCGGUCCAAUGGGAGAGAACCACUUGUUCCAAGGCUGAAGGGGCCACUUUAUCAGAACGUGUUUUGGCGUUAGAACUCUUCUGUCCUUUACGGUCAGAACCGGUUUCCUCCGGUGUUGGGGACAACCCCCCCCCCCUCCUCCUCCUCCUCCCGGGGGGUGCCGCCUGGUGCAUGUGGCGCGAGUGCAGGGGUCACCAACCUAUGAACUAUGACCUUUAAACCAACUCGACACCUAAUCUUACUCCCCCUGUGUUGACCCCUCCCUCAUCCCUCAUUGGCAGAGAGCCUUCAGACUGCGGGACAGGAGGGGCUUCACCUGGCUACAUUUACAUGGCUUUGCCGGCCACAUGGCAGUAUGUAAUACAGUACAUAUAUUGAUGUCCAAAGCUAUUUUGUUCCAUGUCUUCCUAUAGUAUAAAAAAACAGCUUUUCUAUGCAAGUUACAGUCGGGACCUGUGUCAUUGACAAACGAGGAGUUUGAGAAACCCGAGAUGUUGAUGUACAGUGAACCGUGGUUGGUGUGCAGAAGUAUCACCUCGCAAGUGUACAAGCAAUAUUGACGUUUCUCUGAAGCUUUCAGACAAGCAUGUGUUCGUACAACAGUGUUGUAGACAAGAGUGGAUACUAUUGGAGCAGUAUUGAUUGACGUGUCAUCCAUCCAAUCACAGCAAGAGAAAGGCGUGGUUGUUGUUCUCGAAUCUCAAUAGACGUUUCCCUUAUGCACAUGUCUGGGGUCAGCCUUCCUUCCUCAGACUUCAGCCCUCAUCGUUAAAAGGAACAAUGCACAACUGAUCAGAGAUCAGCUCUGCCGAGGGGGUUGUCUUCACUGCCAAGCUGUGAGGUGGGGAGGGACCUAACGUGUUGUCAAUAACAAUGACUGCCAAAAUGUCCAACACAAUAAAUGUUUUUCUUUUUUUUACUGAAA